AGGUGGUGGAGUUCAGUGUCUGUAGUUGUUGCCUUUUCUACUGAAACCAAACGCAGCAAAGAUUGAAGAAUCAUUGAUGCAGACAAAGACAACAGAUCUCACCUUAAGAAAGCAAGUGAAUCAAGGCUUUGUUGACACCUUCUGCUCUACAUUGAUCUUUAGUGCUUCCUCUUUCAUUGAAUUGUGAGAUUUUAGUUUUGUCCGAUGGCUGCUAUGAUAGACUGGAAAGCCUGUUCUUCAAUCCGUCAGCACGCUUAUGAUGUGUUCUUGAGUUUCAGAGGCGCAGAUUGUCGCAAGAACUUUACUGAUCACCUCUAUACGGCUUUGAAAUGGGCUGGAAUUCGUACAUUUAGAGAUGACGAUGAAAUCAAGGGAGGAGAGCAUAUUGGUUUUAAAAUAACAAAAGCAAUACAAGAGUCGAAAAUGUCACUGGUGGUGUUUUCAAGAGACUAUGCUUCUUCGAAAUGGUGUCUGGAAGAGCUAUUGAUGAUUAUGAAAUGUAGAGAAACUAUUGGCCACAUUGUUCUGCCAGUUUUUUAUGAAGUUGAUCCAGAUGAUGUCUCAAUGCAGACUGGUGUUUUUACUGAGGCAUUUGCUAGCCAUGAAAAAAACUUCAUGGACAAUAUAGACAUGGAGGAAUGGAGGGAGGCUCUUAGAAAAGUUGCAGAUCUGAAAGGACCUGUUCUACGUGAUAGGUACGAGGCACAAUUUAUUCAAGAUAUUGUCAAAGAAGUUGGAAAGAAAUUGAACCGCAUGAUAUUGCAUGUUCCCCCAUAUUUAGUUGGAAUUGAGUCUCGUGUAAAAGAAAUUAGCUCAUGGUUACAAGAUGGGUCAGAUAAGGUUGGCAUAGCAAUACUCCAUGGGUUUGGUGGAGUUGGGAAGACAACCAUUGCUAAGACUGUUUUUAACCAGAACUUUCACGAAUUUGAUAGUUGGAGCUUUCUUAGAGAUGUCAGAGAAACUUCAAAUCAGCCAAAUGGGUUGGUAAGAUUACAAAGACGGCUUCAUUCAGAUAUCCUGAAGGGAGAACCACAGAAGAUAUACAACGUAGAUGAAGGAAAUAUCAAGAUCCAAAAUGCUUUAGUAAAUAAAAGAGUUCUUGUUGUUCUUGAUGACGUGGAUCACUUGGACCAAUUAGAUAAAGUUAUUGGAGACCGGAAUCAGCUUUACCAGGGAAGUAAAAUCAUUGUAACUGCUAGACAUGGAUGCUUGCUAAAGUCUCAUGAAGCUUGUGAAAAGUUUGGAGUUGAUGCUCUUUGUUAUGAUGAAUCACUUCAGCUUUUCAGCUGGCAUGCCUUUGGGCAAGCACUUCCUAAUGAAGGUUAUGAAGAGUUCUCUCAGAAAAUAGUGCAUCAUUGUGCUGGGAUUCCGCUAGUUCUUGAAGUUCUGGGUUCUUCUCUCUCUGGACAAAGUAUAGAUUUUUGGAAAAGAGCAUCACAAGAACCUGAAGCCAUUGAUGGUGAUGGAAAAAUACAGAAGAUUCUUAAGAUAAGUUAUGACUCUCUACGGGAUGAACGUGACAAAAACUUAUUCCUUGAUAUAGCUUGUUUCUUCAUUGGAAAUGACAAAGAUUACGUGAGAAGAAUCCUCGAGUGCUGUCGUUUCUAUAGAACACUUGGUAUUCAGAAACUCAUUGAUAGCUGUCUUAUAACAGUUGAUAAAGAUAAUAAAUUGAUGAUGCAUCAAUUGCUUAGAGACAUGGGGAGAGAAAUUGUCCGUCAAGAAUCACCCGAGGACCUUGGGAAACGUACAAGACUAUGGCAUCAUGAUGAUGCACUUGACAUGCUGGAAAAAAAUAUGCAGGGAACAGAAACAGUAAAGAGUCUCAUCCUUGAUCAGCAGCUACUAAAUACAGAAAAUGAGGUGCACUUGGAAGCUGAAGCAUUUACUAAAAUGCGGAAUCUAAAAUUGCUACACUUCAAUAAUGUAAAGCUCAGUGGCGGAUAUGUAAAUUUUCCAAAAAGUUUGGUGUGGCUGUGCUGGCAUGGAUUCUCUUUGAAUUGCUUACCGAAUGAUCUUUUCCUGAAGGAUCUGGUUGUUCUUGACCUGUGUAAUAGCAGUCUAAAACAAGUUUGGAACGGAAUCCGGGAAUUUCGGAGGUUGAAAAUCCUUGAUCUCAGCCAUUCCCUUUGUCUUGUUACAACCCCUGACUUCUCAGGACUCCAAAGUCUUGAAAUAUUGUUACUUGAAGGGUGCAUAAGUUUGGUUGAGGUUCACUAUUCAAUUGGAAACCUUAAGAGGCUUGUUUUUAUAAAUCUAAAGGAUUGCAAAAAGCUUCGGAAGCUCCCAAGUGAAAUGAGUGAGUUGAAAUCACUUCAGGAACUUAAUUUGUCUGGUUGCUUCAAUCUUGAAGAGAUACCUGAGCAGGUGGGGAAGUUGAGUUCUGAAAUGGUGCUUCAUGCAGAUGGAAUGUCAAUAAAAACAUUGCUAGCAUAUUUUCGAAACUUGUGGCCCUGGGAAUCAUCUAGAAAGAGCUUGUUAUCUGCCACUUUUACUUUGUCGUUUUUACCAGACUCUUUGAUAAAGUUAACUGUUUCUGACUGCAAUCUAGAAGAUCUUGAUAUUCUUGAUCUUAGCAGGCUGCGUUCUUUAGAAUAUUUAGAUCUUAGUGGAAACCCCAUUUGUAACCUGCCAGAUAGCAUGAACAGUCUCACUAUGCUCAAGUCCCUUCUGUUACAUCGGUGCACAAGGCUCCAAUCACUUCCAGAGCUACCAGAAAGUUUAAUGAGAUUAAUAGCAAGCAAUUAUGGAUCUUCGGAAAGAAUUACUAAUCUCCAAAACUUGUUGGGACCAUUAGAAGUGGAUACUUUUAAUCAUCAUAAACUGAUUGAGGGUCGAGGUGUUUUCAAGUUGGAACCAGUAAGAAAUUUGGUUGUAGAGAUGAUCAAGAUGGUGCACUUGUUCAAUUUGGCAUCUGUAGGAAAUAUUGAAGUGACUGGGUCCAAUGUUGUGACAUCAACUCAGAGAAAGCUUUCCGUCCAGGUAUUUCAUGACUGUGGCACAAGUAGCAUCUUUCUUCCAGGGAGCGAUGUUCCUGAUUGGUUCUAUGUUCGUACUGAGAGUUGUCAAACAACAUUUUAUUUGCCUCCAAGUUUUGGUUGCGAAAUCUGUGGCUUAAAUAUAUGUGUUGCAUAUGCAUGCAUUACCCCUGAAGUUGUUUUCGAUAAACCUUAUUAUGCCAAAAUUAGAAUCGAGACUGAGGGACUACUUUGGGAAUAUACGCCAGAAUUCUUUGGAUUUCCAGAAGCCAGUGAGGAUAUGUUGUGGUUAUGCCAUUGGAAGUUUAAGGAUUGGUUUAAAGCUGGAGAUGCAGUGCAGUUUUCAGUGGCAAUGGCUCCAUAUUUUCAGAUGAAGAGGUGCGGUAUCCGUCCUCUGUAUGAACAGCAAGAUGAUGAUGAUGAUGAUGAUGAUGUUGAAUCAAACUCUGGAGAAAUAGUCCAGGGCACCUCUCGUCGGUGCAGAACUCUCACUGAUAGAGAUUUAAUAGCAUACAAGCGGGACGCAACAUAUGAUCUUCACCAUUAUGACACACUUAUAAAUAGUCUUAAGAAUCAAUCAGAACUCUGAAAGUGAAAAUAGAAACAGCUGACCUCCGAAACCGGGGCUAUGCGGAAAAGAAUUGAGGCAUUAGCACAUGAAUGUACCCGUUGCAGAUGAUGCAGAGUUGUGAUGGAAUUUUUCAUGCUGUGAUGUACCAAAAAUGAUUUAUAGACAACGGAAAACGUGACUGGAGAUUUGUUGGAAGCAAAGAAUGUAUGCAUUUUCUUCCUAUUCAAGCACUAGACAACUUUUCUUUUUUAUGUUGGCAUCUCAAAUCCAUCUCUUUUAUGACUGCU